CUAGGUCAAUGUUUGUAACCGGCCAGUUUCCAAUCUUCUUUAGAUUCUGAUUUGGUUCUUCCGUCGCCGUCGCCGUCAAUUACGUUUUUGAGGUUAAAAAGUCGCGUGUGUUAAAAUAUUCAUUAACUCCUCGACAUUAUGUACGAAGAUUAUAACGAGUACGAAACCUACGACGAAUAUGGACCACCGGAUGUACACUCAGAACAAUAUGACAGAUUAAGUUAUCGUCAAGUGCCCGAAGUGGUGCGAAAUUUUCUUGUGUAUUUACGAAAUUGCAUAAAUGAAGGAAUGAUCUUUGAAAUUCAAAAUUUAUACGAAACAUCAUUUCCAAAGAUUUCUGAACAAUUGUUCGAUAAAUCAUCCUGGCCGGAUGCAUCAAGCGUUGCCCACAUAGUUGACAAUGAUGUAGUAUUUCUAAUUCUUUACAAGGAACUUUAUUAUCGUCAUAUAUAUGCCAGAAUGCAAGGACCAACAUUGGAGCAACGUUUCGCAUCCUUCUAUAAUUAUUGCGAUUUAUUCAAUUACAUAGUACAUCCGGAUACGCCCGUUCAAUUGGAACUGCCCGAUCAGUGGUUAUGGGAGCUUAUCGAUGAAUUUGUUUACCAAUUUCAAUCAUUUACGCAAUACCGUGCAAAUUUGUCUAACAAAACGCCCGAUGAGAUAGAGAAUUUAAAUGCCCACAUUAAAAUAUGGGACGUCCUCUGUGUUUUAAAUGUUCUUCAUUAUUUAGUCGAUAAGUCUAAUAUCAAGAGACAAUUGGAGGUUUAUGCGAGCGGAGGAGAUCCCGAUUCUGUCGCUGGAAUCUUCGGCAGGCACUCCUUGUAUAAGAUGUUGGGUUAUUUCUCGCUCGUUGGUCUAUUAAGAUUACAUUCAUUAUUGGGCGAUUAUUAUCAGGCAAUUAAAGUAUUAGAGAACGUCGAAUUAUAUAAAAAAAGUGCUUAUUCUCAUGUACCCGGCUGUCAAAUAUCAACCGCUUAUUACGUUGGAUUUGCAUACAUGAUGAUGCGUAGAUACACGGAUGCAAUUAGAACCUUCUCCGGUAUUUUAUUAUAUAUUCAACGGACGAAACAAUUAUUUGCAACUCGCAGCUAUCAGAAUGAUCAAAUCAAUAAGCAAACUGAGCAAAUGUAUCAUCUCUUGGCAAUUUGUCUAGUACUUCAUCCACAGUGCAUAGAUGAAGGUUUACAACAGGCAUUAAGGGAUAAGAAUUAUCACGAAAAAAUGUAUAAAAUGCAGUACGGAGAUCUUGGAGAAUUUGAAUCGUGUUUCUUAUUUGCCUGUCCUAGAUUUUUAUCUUUGACCCAACCCAAUCCUGAUAAUUUACACGAGGACUAUGUUAGAGAAGCUAUUAGACAUCAAACUCAAGUGUUCAUGGAUGAAGUUGUACAACAAAAAAUGUUACCUACGAUACGUUCUUAUUUGAAAUUAUAUACGACUUUACCAUUGACCAAAUUGGCUACCUUCAUGGGCAGUGCCACUAGACAAGAUGAAAGCUGGGAUUUGAAUAAAGAAGUUAAUGUACUAACUAUUCAUUUAUUGUGUUUCAAGCAUAAGAUGAAAAAUAUUGUAUGGACGAAAGGUGCAUCAGGAUUGGAUGGUAAAUUUCAAUCGGGCUCUGAGUUGGAUUUCUACAUAGAUCAUGAUAUGAUUCACAUUGCGGACACAAAAGUGGCACACAGAUAUGGGGAUUUUUUUAUACGUAAAAUUUUGAAGUUUGAAGAGUUGAACCGCAAAUUACAUCACAUAAAGAUUUAAUUCGAACCAUUUUUAUUCUAUGUAAAGGUGAAAAAAGAUAAUAAAAUUCCAUAACGAGAAGAGAA